AUGGAAUUAGAAUUGAAAAGUGGGGGAGCUAAGCCGGGCUUAACUGAGGGUUCGACAGUUAAUAAUCAGGAGAUUGAUUCAGCUCAUCACCCUGCAAAGCUCAAUGAAUCAAUUGAAGAUGUCUCAAAGGAAUCAAUAUCUGCUGUUUCUGAUUUGAGUUCUUUUGGAUUAAGAAGAUCUAAACGUGUUCCUGUGACGAAGUCCAAGUUAGAAAAGGAAGCUGAAGAAGCUGAAGAGGCAGCUGCUAGAGCUAAAUCGGAAAGGAGGAAGUUGGCAUUUGCAAAGGCUAAAGCUGAGGCAAAAGCUAAAGCUAAAGCUUUAGAAAAGGAGAAAAAAAUGGUAGCUUUGAAGAAGGAAAAGGAGAAAGAAAGGCUGAGAAAGAAGAAGUUAAGGGAGAAAGAGAAAGAAAAGGAAAAGUUAAUAAAUCAAAAGAAGGCAAAUGUUCUAAAGGCAAAUGCUCUUAAAGCAAAAUCUUCCUCGGCUACCACAACUUUGACAAAAGCUCAAGAACAGGCGGAACAAGAACCGCCUUUGACAAACGAUAAUUGGUCCCCUAAUAUGCCAUUAUUAUCUACUGCGUAUAAAACCCAACAAAGUAUCAUUUCCAGGUUAAAGAAUCCUAAUAUGAGAACAUUGCCUUAUGCUGGUGAUAUCAUGAAAUUUAUGUCAUUCAUAAACAAAUUCUAUAUCUUCUUCGAUAUGGAUUUGUUAAAUCUGUCUUUUAUAGAUUUUGAAAUCGGUCUUGAUUUGUACCCAGUUAUCCCACAAGAAGUUGGUUUGGAUACAAUGAAUAAGGGGUCAUUAUAUCAGGAUUAUAUUCCAGUAAAGGAAGUGAUUUCAUGUCAAGACAAAAUGAAUUUACUAUUUUUGACUUUGUUAAGAUUGUUAGUAAAUAAGGAAUCUGCAAAAAGCAGAGAGCAUAAACCAUUAGCAUCCAUUGAUGAAUUGACUUCUUCCAAAAAACUUUAUUCCAAAUAUCUUCUGAAUGUCAGAGAAAAUGCAAAAGAAUGGGGGUACCCUAGUGAAUGGAGGUCACUCCCACUUGAUAAAAUUGAUUUAUCAAAACCAAAAUCUCAAAUGUUUAAAGAAAAUGAUAAAAGCGACUACGUUGAUCCUAAAAUUCCCGAAAUUUUAACAGAAAACAUUUUUGAAUGGCAUAAGAACUUACCUUUGACUAACGAGUCGGAUCCUUUACAAAAUUCAGAUUUGGAUAAGAUUGGAAUUCUUGCAUUAGCACCUGAUGAUAGAGUUAUAUUAUUGCGAUCUUUGAUAAAUUGGUGUUCCUCGUACUCAAUCAAAGUUCAUAACGAAAUACAUUAUCUAUCUCAUUUUAAGAAGGACCCGACUUUUGGUAUCCAGACUCAACAUGUUCCAAGAUAUUUUGUUGAGGGUCCAAAUGUCACAUAUGCUAAGUACAUUAAACUAUGUGAAAUGGUGCAAAAGAGACUUGAGGUUAGAAGCAAAAAGAAAUACAUUAAGAAACUAUUGGCUGAAGGGAAGAAGGAGGAUUUUUCAGCUAAGAUGAAACUAUUGAAGGAAUUAAAGGAUCAAUUGAACUCAUUAAAUAAGCAGGAAAAGGAAAAAUCAAUGAUAGAAAAUUAUAAUGAUUGGACAAAAUUAUUUGAAGGUGAAUUGCCUGAUAAUCCAUUAAGUAACCCUUUUGAAGAUGAGCUGUAUAAGUUACGUUCACAUGAAUUUUUUAUUGGAAGAAUUCCGCAUAUUGGUGAUUUUUAUAUGCCAAGAUUGCAUACCUACUCCGAUUCACCAGUAACAGUCUCAACUUAUACAGAUUUAAGAGCAUUAGAAGAUAUCUUAAAUAAGUAUUCAAGCGGUGAAGCAGAUGUUCAAUACUUAUUUGAAAAUUACGGCCAGUUAAUGAGCCCUAGUUUUAAAUUACUUUAUCAUGACACGCCAUCUAUGAUACACGAUGUAGCAAAGGGUAUUAAAUCUAAAGGUAAAGUAUAUUGGUAUGAGAUGUGUAGUGACGCUGAAUCAUUAUUAUAUUUUAUUUCAUAUUUGGAUUACAAAAUAACACCCCCUAAGGAAAAAGGAUCAAAGAAGAAGAAGGAAGAAGGAGAAACUUCGAUAUCAGGUACUCAUGAUGAUGCAAAGCUACUGGAAGAAGAAGGAAAUGACUCUCUCGAUCCGAAUGAGUCGAUGGAAAUUGAAGUCACAGACCCAACAAUCAAUAAAAAACCUCUUCCAAAGGAAUAUAGAUUCAAUGCAUCGAGAUUGAAACUUAAGAUGAUGCAAGAUUUUUUAUCUAGAUUUUAUUAUAUUUUGAAGUCUUUUGAAACUUUAAGAGUUCAAUAUGCGGAUAUGAAGCCUGGAAAAAGGACUUUAAGAAGGGUUCAAAGACGUAAUAUCACAUACAAUGACAGUGAUUUGGAUAAUGAAUCUGAAGAAGAGGAAAAUAAUGAUGUUGAAGAAUAUGGGAGGAGAUCAAAAAGGGCACGUACCUAG